CUCUAGAGACCACACUCUUUAGCAGAGUAACCUGUUCGAAAUUGUGUCACGAGCCUGUUGCACCUGUAAAGUUGCCUACUCACAAUAGCCUACCCCAUCACCCUCCUCGUUUUGUUCGGUUUGCAGUUUCAUGACGUCAAGGUGUGUUUAAAUAAUGCUGCGUUCCAUACAAAUAGGAACUCCGACUCCCAACUAGCAAAACCGCAAUGGAGGGCCACUCAAAGUCGGAGUUCCUAUGAAUUCGGAGCAUCUACCCCGACUUCGGGAAGAAGCAGCUGUCUGAGAUCACAGCACCGAUACUGUCAGAGUUAUUACACUCGUUUUCAUUUAAACAACUAAGGAACUACUAAGAGUUCAACUGAGUGGAGUCCUACACUUGGCAAAGAAACAUCAGUUUCAGCCAUGUUUUUUGUUCACCUUUGGCGCCGUGCACCUGGAAUGCUCUGAGAUCCGACCUCCCACUGUGACUGGAACGCAACAUCCGCCAGACCUGUUUCUGAAGUGGUCUAUCAGUUCAGAGCUUUCUGUAGUCCCCUGAAGGAAAAAUAGAAACUACCGGCGGCUUGGACCUCAUCCAGACAGCUCGGAUCAUUUCUGAUAGCAUUCGCUCACAUAGCUGAUUUAUUAAGCAUAGUCAGUGUUGUCCUGGCAGCUGUUCAAAUGACCCUUCAAAUGUUGAAUUUUAGAGCGCAUGGCAGCAGAGUAGGCUACCUCAUGCCAGGCGUUACCGUACAGUUAGUGAUUUAAUUAGGCUGUUAGUUUUAAUUCCACAUUUCAUCUGACAGGUAGGCUAAACCAGGAGGAUGAGGCACACGUCUAAAUUAAUCUUCAUCACUGGACUGAUGGUCGGAUUUCUCUCGCUCAACGUUCUGUUGAACUUUUCAUCAGAUCACCUGAAAUAUUUUGUGAGGGAUGUCAAGCAUGAAGUCAAACAUGGUUUACAGCAUGUAGACACAGGUGAGAACAAGAGCUCAGCAGCUAAUUCCUCUCACUCGAUACGGAUCUUGUGCUGGAUCAUGACGGGGCCCAAGUACUUGGAAUCCCGAACCAAGCACAUCAGGGAAACAUGGGCCAAGCGCUGCAACAAAGUGCUGUACAUGAGCUCCAUCAAGACGGACUUCCCCACUGUGGAGCUAAAUGUGAGCGAGGGAAGGGAGAACCUGUACUGGAAGACCAUCCGAGCCUUUCAAUACAUCCACCAGCACCACCUAGACGAAGCAGACUGGUUCCUGAAAGCGGAUGAUGACACGUUUGUGGUCAUAGAGAAUCUACGCUACAUCUUGUCCAAAUAUGAUACAGAGAAGCCGUUGUACCUGGGCAGAAGGUUUACCCCUUUCAUUAGUCAAGGAUACAUGAGUGGAGGAGCAGGUUAUGUCCUCAGUAAGGAAGCACUGAGAAGAUAUAUCAGAGGGUUCAGUAGUGGGGAAUGUACCCACUUCUCUACAAUAGAGGACAUGGCUCUGGGGAAAUGUAUGGAGACAAUGAAGGUGCAGCCAGCAGACUCCAGAGACACAAUUGGGAGACAAACGUUUCACCCAUAUCCUCCAGACCAUUACCUGGUCAGACAGCCCCCAAGACAAAGGCCAUGGUAUCUGAUUUAUGACCACUACACUCCAAUAGAGGGUCCAGGUUGCUGCUCAGAUUUUGUUGUGUCCUUUCACUACAUUUAUUCUGUCCAGCUGUAUGUUUUGGAGUACCUGACAUACCAUCUGCGGCCGUAUGGAUACAAAUACAGAUUUAACCCUGAUGAAAAAACUGAACUUAACACCACAACUAAGUCCACAUGAAAUGUUGGUGUCUGCACGACAACUUCUGCACUAAUUGGAGGAGGGAGUAGAAGGAAUCAGCUUUACUUAACAUAAUAUAUUGAAUUCUCUCUAAAACAUAAUGUUAUAACUUAAAGGGGACAUAUUAUACUGCAUUUUAGCCUUUAGAAGAGGCGUCCUUCUGGGACGACAGCCAUGCAGACCAAUUUGAUGCAGUGUGCAGCGUAUGGUCUGAGCACUGACAGGCUGACCCCCCCACCCCUUCAACCUCUGCAGCAAUGCAGGCAGCACUCAGACGUCUGUUUCCCAAAGACAACCUCUGGAUAUGAUGCUGAGCACGUGCACUCAACUUCUUUGGUUGACCAUGGCGAAGCCUGUUCUGCUGUUCUGAGUGGAACCUGUCCUGUUGAACCGCUCUCUGGUCUUGGCCACCGUGUUGCAGCUCAGUUUUAGGGUCUUGGUAAUCUUCUUAUAGCCUAGGCCAUCUUUAUGUAGAGCAACUACUCUUUUUCAGUUCCUCAGAGAGUUCUUCUAUAGUGUCAUUUCUUCAGUGUUCUCACAUGAAAAGUUAUAAUCAAAUAUUUACACAGAUUUGAGAGGUGUACUCACUUUUGUGAGAUACUGUAUAGCAGGGGUAUUCAACUUAAAUUGCAAGAGGUCCAGUACGUCAACCCUACGCUCCUAGGAAUACGGGCUCAUGCUUUAUGGUUUAGUCAAUAUUUUUAUUGAACAAUAAUACCUCAACUCCUCUCCUCACCCUGCUGUGGGGAACUUUCCUUGAAGUGCCUUUCAUAGCAGGAGUAUUACGUCAAUAUGCUGGCUCGCUGUGCAGUAUGAAAUUUCUCAUUAUUACCUCAUUUGAUACUAAAUUAGGUGUAGUUUAUUAAGUUGUCUAUAACACACAGAACAGAUAGUCAUGAUGCAAAUUAGCGACAAUAGGCAUAAAUGGGUGCAUGCAGAAGGUUUCUAGGUAUGGAAUAUGUAAAAACUGGCAUUGGGGGAAUACAUACACUUUACUGUGUUCAUGAUGUUUUGGGCUGAGAGUGGGUCUGUUUUACUAAGCUUUCACUUGUGUCACUUUGUGUAAUAAGAAUUGAAGGUUCAAAUUCUAAAAACAUGUACUGUACAUCAAGGAGGAUGCGUUUCUCUGGAAAAAACAUCUGUGUACAUUUUUUGAUGAAAUUGCUGAAAAAAAGCUUCAUGUGUAGAUUGACAGCGACAUGUGAUAUGGAGGGGGUAUCUUUAAAGAUGGGAUAAUAGCAAUUGUUUUUAGUACAAAGAUUAUGCUUGGGUAUCUGCUUCUUCAUGCACAUUGUAUUAGUAUAUGGUUUGGCUCUUGUCUCACUGACACUACCUGGCAUUGCAGGAACCCACCAGGAAUGUAGCCUUUGCCAGAUUAAGUACAUUAUGCAUAAAGAAUUUACUGAAUUUUGCAUACUAUUAGUGCAUGUAGUUCAGUAUGUUGAAAGCAGUAUAUAAUUCAAUUUAGGCUGAACCUAUGUGUUGCAAAACCUCAACAACAACUUGCUCUGUAUUUUUUUGUUGUUGUUAAAAACAAAAAUACAUGUUUAAGUAUUCUUCCACAGACUGACACUUCUGCUAAAUUGUCAUCUUCUGACCCAGUUGUCACCACGUGAAUGCAAAUACGAUUUAGUAGAAAGUUUUAGUCCAUUCUUGUUUGAUAUAUUGGGAAAUACCUGCAACUCUCCAGGAAUUUACUGCUCCCAGCCAAGAAGUAAGCUGUACAUUUACCAGACAGAUACAGUGGCCCGCCUACUAAUCUAACUCUGGACAAGAAAGUAAAUAGGUGCAAUGUGUGUCCCAAAAUGUUGAUCUGUUGCUUUACGAUUUGGAGAGUUCUUGUGGAACCAUGAAUUUACCCCCAUAAUGACAACAUCUACAGUUCGCCUCUGUCAGGACCCUGCCUUUCUUUCACUCUGUACCACUCUAAUGUUAAAUAGUCUAGUCUAGUGUAAUCUGUUUGUGCUUUAGAUCAGCAGAACUACAUGUGCCGGCUGUGUGUAGUUGAUGGUAAAUGUCAUAUCUCUGUGUUGAUCUUUUGAAAAAGGUUAUUGAAAUCAAUCUUUAGAUGGCAAUUUUAAGAAAUUAAAUUUUUUAUUGAAAAAAGUUAAUUUUAUUGAAUAACCUUGUUCUACUAGUUUUACUAUCCUUCUGGUACGUUUAUGGUGUUAAACAAUAAACAAUAUAUUUUACAGUAAA